UCCCUGAUGUAAAACAGCUGUUGCGGCCCCACCCCGAUAUUUGCAUGCAGCCUCGCUUUGGUUCCAAACAUGGCGGAGGGGUGGCGAAGUCGUCUGGAGUUGUGCUAAAAUAUGCAUCGGAAUUUGUCUAAUUACAGCUGAAUCCCGGCGUCUUGCCCACCAAACAGCGUCUCUGUGAGGUAUUCUUGUACGUUCUUGUGUUGAUCACCAGAAGUGCCUUGUGACUAUGGAGGGUGUGGACCUGGCAUCCCUGCAGCAGGUGGAGCUGGCAUCACUACAGCAGGUAGACCUGUCCAGCUACAACAUGGAGCAGGACCAGGACACCCAGCUCACACCACUGGACCUCAGCAUGGUCACCAGUGGAAGGGACAACCCAGUGGAAGAGCCUUCUCAGGAGAGGGCUGUCUCCCCUGAUACAACUGUGCAGCAGUGGACACCCAGGAAAGGCAAGAAGAUGAAGUGGAAAUGGCAGAAGUCACCUGGCAAGGCCUCUACAAAGUCUUCCAAAAAGAAAAGAAAAACUGAUCGCAGAAUGGCGACAACACCUGAUGAAAACAGUAACCCAGUGAUGGAUGCAGAAGUUCCAUUGGUGAACAACAAGGAAGUUCCCACAGUGGGUGGUGUAGUUGUGGACAGCAGUGGAGAAACUGCCAUGUCAGAUGAGGCACUCCAGAUGUCACAUCUCACUGACGAGGAAACACCCCUGAGCUUGACAGCACAGAUCGGCAGGCCUAAGAAGCUUGGUAUCCCCCCCAUGCCAGUGCGAGAGGAACCGCAGCAGAUCCAAGUGAACGGGACCACCACAGUCUUCUCAGAUCGUACUGUGUACAACUGUGAUGAAUGUGCCUACACUACAUACAAGAGAUACGCCUACAUUGUACACCUUCGUGUGCACACUGGAGAGAAGCCGUUCCAGUGCCCAUUCUGCCCCCAUGCCACGACCCAGGCAGGCCACCUGCGGCGCCACAUGUCCCAGAUGCACAGUGAAGAAGGGAAGAAGUUUGAGUGUGGGAUGUGCAGCUUCUCUACGAACAGCCAAAGUCGCCUUAUCAAACACUUGAAAGAGCAUGACAAGGAGACGAUGGAGGCAGAAGAAGCAGAGGAAGAAGAAGAAGAACAGGGAGAGGAGGAGGAGAACAAUGCAGAGGAGGAACAAGAGAAGAUGGAUGAAGAAGAAGUGGGGGAGGAAAACAUGGAGCAGGAAACUGAAGGGAAGGAGAAGAAGAAGAGGGGGAAGGACAAGAAAUUCAAUUGUGGAGAGUGUGAUUUCAAGACUGCUUACCGCCACUGCCUGGUCACCCAUCUCAAGGUCCACCAGGGCAUUAAAGAACACAAAUGCCCCCAGUGUGGCUACUCCACCACGUACAAACAUGUCCUGGCACGCCACAUGCUCAGCCACGAUGGCAAGCGGGACCACUUCUGCGACAGUUGCUCCUUCGCCAGCCCGUACAAGUUUGUGGUGGCGCGCCACAUCAAGCGCAAGCACGGUGGCACACGCCAGCUGGCCUGCGACCGCUGCCCGUAUCUGGGGUUCGAUGCAGCAGCCAUGAAGGCUCACAUGAAGAAACAUGACAAUGAGGGACAGUACAGAUGUAAGUUUGCUCCUCGAGAUGAGGACCAGAAGCCUCGUGAGAAGAUCCUGCUGUACCAUUGUGACCAGUGUGAGUACGCCACCAACCGCAAGGACCAUCUGGACUGCCACGGGAAAGUCCACAAGGAUAAGCCUGAUGGGGCGUAUAUCUACAAGUGUGAACAGUGCACGUACGUGACGGGCAAGCGAUUCCUGCUGAACAAACACUUGAAGGGCCACUCUGCCGUCAAGAAGUACAUGUGCGAGAUGUGCGGCGGGACCUUCGACCGCAAGGUCAACUACGAGGCACACAAGCGCACCCACACGGGAGAGAAGCCCUACAAGUGCCCCAAGUGCGACUACGCCAGCUCCCAGAAGACUCACCUGAACCGGCACCUUCGCAUGCACAACGGCUUCCGUCCCUUCAAGUGCGAGAAGUGCUCGUACGCUGCCGCCAACCAACACGAGAUCGUCCGCCAUGUUCGCCAGGUGCACCUGAAGAUCAAGCCGUUCCAGUGCCCAUACUGUGCCUAUGCCACAGCAGACAGGUCCAUCAAAGCACCCUGACCACCCAGACACACAAGAGCAUGCUGGGCAUGUCAAGCUCAAGGUCAAGCCUCCCAGCAGCACGGAAUCCAGCCCCGAGGGCAAGGAGAAGGCCAAGCCCAAGGGUGAUGAGGUCAACAACAACUGGAAUCAGAAGAAGAAGAAGGCUGAGGGGGCAGAGGGGAAGUCAGAGGUGAAGACAGAAGAGGCUGGUGCCACCAACCUGAUGGAUUUCAUCACCAACACAGAGGAUCAGGAGGACCAGGGGGGUCCUGAGGAGGAGGAGGGGGCGGAGGUGCCCACCCCGGGGGUGGAAGGUCACAGUUGCGACUUCUGUGGACGUUUCUUCACUGAUCGGGACAUCUGGGAGCAGCACGUGCAACGCCACCUACAGGCUUCUUAGGCCUGCCUGUUCCUCCACUUCUGGGCUCACAGGGGUAACAAACAAGUUCUCAGCUUUAUGUGCUGAUACACAAGCAAAAAUCAUGAUAGAAAUGAAAUUCAGUAAAGGUUUGAUUCAUGUUUUGUUGUCAACAACGAAGGAUAACAGUAUUUUUGAAUGGUUGUGCCAGCUAUGUAGUCAGCCGUUAUGGCAUCUUUUAUACAGAAUAGUCUGCCAAACAGUCACCAGGGCAUCCUUGUUGACAACCUUAUUUCUCACAGGCUUUUUGCGUGUGAUAUUCAUAUCAAGAAGCCGUUGUUGUAGUUUUUUGUUUUACAUGGCAUCCAACCAUAUUUUCUGUUGUGUGCCUUAAUGUUGUUAUGGUAACCACAAGCAGUGGCCUAAUUACUGACAAUAUGUACAGCAUUACUCUGUGACUUUGUGAAGGUGGGUUGUUCUCUGACCAUGGAUUAUUUUUAGCAGCAUGUGUAACAAGUUUACCCUACUAAUUGGUCAGUAUGGCACAUUCUAAGUGUCUGCUGGCAAGUAACAAAAGUAUUUUGUAUGAACAAAAAGUGCCUAAUAUUAGAGAUAGCAAUAUUGGUCUACUGUAUUCAGCAAUGCCAAUGAGACUGGUCACUUCUUACAUAUGGACUUGCUUAUAUUUGUUUUCAUAUCUUGCAUGGUUUCUGUGGCAUCCUCUGAUUUUUGGACAGCAAUGAUUUCUUGAAGGGCGUGUGUACAACUUUACAUGUAUGUUCCUUAUCUCAUCUGGUGAACUGAGCUGAUCUCAAAUAAAGUAGGGUGAAAGGGUGAAUGUAAGAAGUUUCAGUAACAAUAGCAGAGUAUUUGUGACAUGGAAUCAGCAGAGGUUAGCCUUGAACGGAACUGGUCAAAAGUUCUGUCCUUGUAUUUGCAAGCGCCUUUAAUGUAGUGCCUUUCAACCUGAAAUGACAAACACAUAACAGUAUUUUUGUAAAUAGAUACAUCUUCAUAUUAGGCAGUGUUAUUUUAUUAGAUAAUAUGUAUGUAGGUAGGUAGAUAUAGUUACCGAGAAGUUGAGCAAGGUGCAAAGGGUUCUUCCAUAUAAAGAUGAAAUGCCAAACCAUUUUCUGGUAGACAAAUUAUGAUAACAUAUUGCAAAAAUUCUGUGACUUCCAGAUGAUGAUCAUGUAUCAAAUGCAAAAGUUGUGAUGUUGACAAUGAAAUCUCCACAGGUUGAUGAUUGACCAUUGUGAACUGUUGUGCAGUGUAACUUGUUGCUUUAGAAAGGUUUAUCCCUGCCACAGUGCAGCACAGUUGUACUGUGUUUUUUUUUGUAUUUGGCAGUUGUAAUUGAUAGAUUUAGUACAUUUUAUGCCUUUUAAUUGUCACUUUUCAGGCAUUUAUUCAAAUGUUUUUAAGUAGUUGUGUUAUACACUCCACCCCUAUGUAUACCUUUCUGUAUAAGGUCUAUUAUUUCUGUAGUUAAAUGAACUGCACUCUUGAUUUUGUGGAAAAUGUACAGAUAAGUCACUAUGCAUGAAAAACUAGUCUAUGAAUAAGCCAUGUCAAAAGGAGUGACUUAUUAAUUAUAUGCUGUCCAGUAUCUACCAUUGUAAAUGUAGUUCUGACCAUGUAAUUUUGUUAACAGUUCAUGAAUCAUAAUGGCACAGAAUAAUUCUUCCACUGGAGGUCCAAAUACUUCUAGAAAACCUCACGUCUGUCUUCCAAUAGUGAUGGUGACAAAUGAAAUCAUGCAGACAGAAAAUUCCUAUCAGAACGGGAAUGUUUGACACAGUGCAAAGUCAGUGCCAGUAACCCUGUUAAAGAUACAUGUAGUGCCUUAUGAGAAAAUGUCAAAACAGGGAGGUUAAAUUGACAAAAACUGCAAUAACAUGGUAGACUUUGUACAAGAGGCAGUUGACAGGACACUUUUGAGAUACAUGUAAGAUGAAAUUGCAAUGUUUGACCAGAAUGAUAGUCAUUUGUAAAAACUUGGACGAAAAUCAUGGCUGCAACACUGAUAUACGGUGCUUCCAGUAUUUUGAUAGGUGACAGGUGAACUGAAUAUAGCAUCUAGAUUUGUAGCACUUGUGUGUGUACUCUUUGUAGUAAAACUGUAUAGAAAUCACUGAAAA